CCCGUGAUGCCCUAUCUGCUCCCCCCGCUGCAGCUGGGGAAGUGCCUGCGCGUGUACCCGCAGGAGCUGGGGCAGGGCUCGGCCGUGGUGUUUGAGUGGGGGGGCUCCGACACCCCCGCCCUCACCCUGGUGCUCAGGGAGGCCACCAAGGAGGGGCUGCGCGGGGCGGAGCAGGCCGUCUACCACGGCAUCGACGCCUUCGCGCAGCUGUGCCAGGACCCCCGGCUGCUCCCGGGCGCCGGGGCCACCGAGAUGGCUCUGGCGAAAAUCCUCGCGGAUAAAGGCGCCGCGUUGGAAGGGCCCAGCGGGCCCGCGCUCCUGGCGUUCGCCCAGGCCCUGCGGUCUCUCCCCGCCACCCUGGCGGAGAACGCGGGCCUCGCCGUCUCCCAGGUGAUGGCAGACCUGACGGCCGCGCACCAGCAAGGGCACUUCCUGAUAGGAGUGGGGGUCGAGGGGAUCAUCAACGUGGCCCAGGAAGAGGUGUGGGACACCCUGGCGGCCAAGGCCCAAGCGCUGCGGGCCGUGGUGGACAUCGUGCUGCAGCUGGCCACUGUGGACGAAAUCGUGGUGGCCAAGACGAGUCCCCCGCUCCAGCAGGACUCGGGUCCCCGCCCCACGAGGGCCCAGGAGCCCCCGUCUUCUCCCAAGACACCCGCACCCAUCACACGCUAAGAUCCCCUUCCUCAUGCGGGAGGAGGGGAAGAAGGCCACGGUGGAGACUGGAAAUGGGAGAUGCUGACGGAUUUCUGAGGGGCUCUGCUCACCGUCCACUGGUUCCUUGUGAUGAGAACUUUUAAGAUCUACUUUCUUUCCGUACUCCAAAUAUACAGUACAGUAUUGUAGACUACCAUC